CUCUUUUCCACUGGAUAAAACUCCUUCCUUGUUAGUAUGGUAAACAGUCAAAACUGUACAUUUUAUUUUUCAAUAAGCAGUCAUAAUGGGAGAGAAAACAUGCAGCAGCAAGACAUAUAUUGAAGGACUCGACUGCUGUGUAAAUUAUUUCCUACGAAACAAGAGUUGCCACCCCUGUCACACUGGAACCUUUGGAAUUAACUGCACUGGUCACUGUUCACCUGGAACUUAUGGGGAUUCCUGUGGGCAAAAAUGUGUGGACUGUCCAAAGGAGCUUUGCCACUACACUUACGGAUGUCCAAAAAUGGUAACAACAACUGAAAUAGAAACAACUAAUAUUCCCUCUACUGUGUCAUCGUCAUUAUCGAAAUCGGUUGAAACUUUAGUCUCUACAACUGUAAAAGUUUUGCCAACAGUAUUCACAAGAGAAUUCACACAGCCACCGAAUGUAGUAUUAAAGGAACAGACUAAUAACCUGUAUAUAGUAAUGAUAGUCGCAGGGGUCAUCAUAUUUCUCCUACUUCUAAUACUUCUUGCAGUAUUGAGGAGAUUGUGCGUUAUACACACGCAUAAAAACAAUCCGAAAAAUGAAAUUGAAUCGAUUUUUGUAAAGAAGGAAAAUGAAGAGGACGAAUACCAGGAAAUUAACUUUGAUGGCACUAUGGUUGAUCAUGGCGAUGUGUCGGGCAACCGUUACAAUAUCAUAAUGGAGGAGUUAACACGAUCAAGAAGUACCAAGUAUCAAGAAAUCGGAUCUAAAAUAGAUAAGGAAGGAAAGUCAGCCUAUUCCCAUUAUCACGGAGUUGACAAUGAAAAUAGUACCUCAAAUGAAAAUAAUGGAGGAUAUAUAGAACCAGAAUCACGAAGACCGACUCACUCUUAUAUAGAAAUUAUACAACCUAUGAUACAUGCGUCCGAUCCUGCAAAUAGUGAUCAGGACGGGGGUAGCUCAGAUAAAUCUGACCAAUUGGAGGAGUAUCAAGAUACAAUGAAUAUAGACAAAAGUCACAAAUCAUGUUCAGAUGAUGUAAAUGAGUCAAAACCUCAUGAUUCUAACAUGAGUGAUACAGAUCUCGACGUUGUGCACUGUUUGUCGUAAUUUAUAUCUAUUUCUUUUUUAAAAUAAAAUCCUGUAGAACUUC